CACACUUCUAUGCUCCCCCUACCCUUGAUUUAAGCACAAAAUCAUCCUACUCUCUCUUCUCUCUCUCUCUCUCUCUUCAUGGCUCCUCUGUUCCCCCUUUUCUUGUUUUUCAUUUUCUCUUCUACCAAUGCUGCGAACCCUCCAUCACCUGGCUACUACCCAAGUUCUAAGUUCAGGUCCCUUGGAUUUUAUCAAGGCUUUAGAAAUCUAUGGGGAUCCCAACACCAAAGUGUCUCACAAGACCAGUCCGUGACCAUCUGGCUUGAUAGAACCUCAGGAAGCGGGUUCAAGUCGACUCGCCCGUUCCGGUCUGGCUACUUUGGCGCAUCCAUCAAACUCCAACCUGGUUACACUGCAGGAGUGAUCACUGCUUUUUAUCUUUCAAACAAUGAGGCACAUCCGGGCCACCAUGACGAAGUCGACAUCGAAUUCCUCGGCACGACGCCUGGAAAACCAUAUACGCUGCAGACCAAUGUCUACAUCACGGGAAGUGGUGAUGGGAAGAUUAUAGGAAGGGAGAUGAAAUUUCAUCUAUGGUUCGAUCCAACGGCAGAAUUUCACAAGUAUGCCAUACUUUGGACAUCCAAUGAAAUUAUAUUCUUCGUGGACGACGUGCCCAUAAGAAGGUAUCCAAGAAAGUCCCUUUCCUCCUUUCCCAUACGUCCAAUGUGGGUGUACGGAUCAAUAUGGGACGCAUCUUCGUGGGCCACAGAGAAUGGAAAGUACAAGGCCGACUACAAUUAUCAACCGUUCAUUGCCCGGUACACACAAUUCAUAAUAAGUGGAUGCUCGGCAUACUCACCUGCAAGGUGCUAUCCGGUGUCGGGCUCGCCGUCGGGCUCCGGCUUAAGUGGCCAACAGACCAUGGCAAUGCAGUGGGUCCAAAGUAAUUACAUGGUCUAUGAUUAUUGCAAGGACCCAAACAGAGACCAUGGUCUCACUCCAGAGUGCUGGGCCUAGAUUGAGUGAGUAUUCUUUCAUUACUACUCCCGCACCUACCAAAACAAAGACACCCAUCAAUUUUUACAUAAAAAGUUAUUACGUGGGGUCGCGUUUGGGAUGGGCCCCACACUGCUUUCAGCAUCCAAACGCGAUCUUCUAUUUUUGUGAUAGUGUGCAGAUGUUAUUGUUGUGGGUGUAAAUAUAAAUAUCUAAAUAAUGUUUGGUGGUUGGUUUGGAUUGUUUGUAAUGGAAUAUAUUGAAAUGAAUCUGUAUAAGAUAAGAGUAAGAAAGAGAGAAGGGAUGGGAUGAGAUGGAGAAGUGCAGUCAGUCGUCCAUUUGGUCCAUUUCCAAAUAUAUUAGAAUUUUCAUUAUUUUGUCUGUGCAUGUGAUAGCAUAAAAGUUAGUGCAGGAGAUGGGGCCAUGCUCUCAUGUCGAAUGGCCUGAUUAUUUGAUAGGCAUGGAUGGUCAUUACUGCACUUUUCACCAUAUCUUGUCAUGUGUCAGAAGAAAUUCAAAUAUAACUAUAUUUGUUGGAUGGUUUUGUGGAUUUA